GUGAAUAUAUAUUAUCAACGUUAUAUCCAUCAUGUGUAACACCAGAAGAUAAUUAUGGGUUUGUGGUAUACUAUCGAGCAUCGGGUGAAUCAAGUCGUGUAAAUAGCGGUAGCAUGAGAAAUAACAAUAAUUCUAAUGGUGUUCAAAAAAGUGUAGUUCCAUUAAAUAAAGCUGAUGUUACCGGAACUGGCAUUAAUCGUACUAAUAGCAGAACGGACUCUUUACUGAUGAGUCCGAAAAAUGACAAUGAAGAUAAAAGAUUUAUGGCUUUUAAAGCAUUUCGAAGUAAUUUAGUUGGCGAAGCGACAAAAUUUGAUGGUGGUGCAGGUGGUAAAGGAACUAAUGAAGCUAGAGCAGCUGAAAGAGUUACUAGUAAACAAGCCGUUAAUGAAGUUGUCGAUGAGCUUGUUAAAGCGUGUAGGGAGAUUGGAAACGCAGAAGAUGGAUUUGUCAUUGAGAAACCAAUUAUAGG